UGGCUGGCCCAGCCCAGCCCAGCCUCCCAGGGCCUUCCCUAGAUCAGAGGCCAGAGGCAAAGACUUCCCAGCAGAAGAGGAGAGGAGGUUGUGUGGAACAAGCUGCUCCUGACAGAAGAUGUCACUGCUGAGCCUGUCCUGGCUGGGCUUCGGGCCAGUGGCAGCGUCCCCGUCCCUGUGGCUGCUCCCACUGCUGGUCGGGGUCUCCUGGCUGCUGGCCCGUGUCCUGGCCUGGACCUACGCCUUCUAUGACAAUUGCCACCGGCUCCAGUGUUUCCCCCAACCCCCAAAACGGAACUGGUUCCUGGGUCACCUGGGCCUGAUCGGUCCUACAGAGGAGGGCUUGAAGAACUUGACCCAGAUAUCGGCCACCUAUUCCCCAGGCUUUAGGAUAUGGCUGGGUCCCAUCAUCCCUUUUGUCGUUUUAUGCCACCCUGACAUCAUCCGGUCUAUCACCAAUGCCUCAGCUGCCAUUGUGCCCAAGGACGAGCUCUUCAUCAGGUUCCUGAAGCCCUGGCUGGGAGAAGGGAUACUGCUGGCUGCUGCUGACAAGUGGAGCCACCGCCGUCGGAUGCUGAUGCCUGCCUUCCACUUCAACAUCCUGAAGCCCUACGUAAAGACCUUCAAUGAGAGUGUGAACAUCAUGCUUGACAAGUGGCAGCGCCUGGCCUCAGAGGGCAGCAGUCGUCUGGACAUGUUUGAGCACAUCAGCCUCAUGACCUUGGACAGUCUGCAGAAAUGCAUCUUCAGCUUUGACAGCCAUUGUCAGGAGAGGUCCAGUGAAUAUAUUGCCACCAUCUUGGAGCUCAGUGCCCUUGUAGAAAAAAGGACCCAGCAUCUCCUCCAGCACAUGGACUUUCUGUAUUACCUCACCCACGAUGGGCAGCGCUUCCGCAAGGCCUGCCGCCUGGUGCAUGACUUCACAGACGCCGUCAUCCAGGAGCGGCGCCGCACCCUCCCCACUCAGGAUAUUGAUGACUUCCUCAAAGACAAAGCCAAGUCCAAGACUUUGGAUUUCAUUGAUGUGCUUCUGCUGAGCAAGGAUGAAGAUGGGAAGCCAUUGUCAGAUGAGGAUAUAAGAGCAGAGGCUGACACCUUCAUGUUUGCAGGCCAUGACACCACAGCCAGUGGCCUCUCCUGGGUCCUGUAUAACCUCGCGAGGCACCCAGAAUACCAGGAGCGCUGCCGGCAGGAGGUGCAAGAGCUUCUGAAGGACCGUGGGCCUAAAGAGAUUGAAUGGGACGACCUGGCCCAGCUGCCCUUCCUGACCAUGUGCCUGAAGGAGAGUCUGCGUUUGCAUCCCCCAGCUCCGUUCAUCUCCCGACGCUGCGCCAAGGACAUUGUUCUCCCAGAUGGCCGAGUCAUCCCCAAAGGCAUUAUCUGCGUCAUCAAUAUUAUAGGAAUCCAUCACAACCCAAGUGUGUGGCCGGAUCCUGAGGUCUACGACCCCUUCCGCUUCGACCCAGAGAACAGCAAGGAGAGGUCACCUCUGGCUUUUAUUCCCUUUUCUGCAGGGCCCAGGAACUGCAUCGGGCAGGCGUUCGCCAUGGCAGAGAUGAAGGUGGUCCUGGCGCUGACGCUGCUGCACUUCCGCUUCCUGCCGGACCACAGGGAGCCCCGCAGGAAGCCGGAGCUGAUCAUGCGCGCGGAGGGGGGACUUUGGCUGCAUGUGGAGCCCAUCAACGCGGGCUCACAGUGACUCUCUGACCCAUCCACCUGCCUGUGCAGCUUCUCCGGAAUAAAACGCUUCUGUCACCUCUG